GGAAGAUGGCGGGCGGGGGAAACGCAAUAGGGGUGGGGAACGAGUGGUAUUGGCGGCGAGGAAAUUGAGAAAGACAACCAUGGAACACAUUUCCACACCAAAGGUGGAGAAUGUGAAAUUGCUAGAUCGAUACACAAAUAAGAGACCAGUUAACGGGACUUUAUAUCUGACAGCCACUCACAUCAUAUAUGUUGAUGCUGCUGGUGGCGCUCGCAGAGAAACAUGGAUUCCACACCACCACAUUUUCUGUGUGGAGAAGCUGCCUCUCAGCACCAAUGGAUGCCCACUCCUCAUCCACUGCAAGAACUUCAGAGUGGCUCAUUUUGUCAUUCCUCGUGAAAGAGAUUGUCAUGAAGUAUACAAUUCUUUACUCAAGCUCUCUCAGCCAGCUAAAUAUGAUGAAUUGUAUGCCUUCUCCUACAAUCCUAAUCCGGAUCAAGAUGAACGUAUUCUAGGCUGGAAGAUGAUUGAUCUGAAAACAGAGUUCGUACGAAUGGGAAUCCCUAACGAGUACUGGGACCUUAAUGAUAUCAAUCGGGAAUACAAGGUUUGCAGUACCUAUCCAACAUGUCUGGUUGUACCAAAGGGAACCAGUGAGGCCACAAUUGUUGGGAGCUCAAAGUUCAGAAGCAGAGGGCGGUUUCCUGUGCUGUCGUACUAUUUUCAAAAGAACAAUGCAACAAUCUGCAGGUGUAGCCAACCAUUGUCCGGGUUUAGUGCACGCUGCGAGGAGGAUGAGAAGAUGCUGGAGAUAAUCAGCAAGGCUAACCCAAGCAGCCCCUUCAUGUAUGUUGUUGACACAAGGCCCAAGUUAAAUGCCAUGGCCAACAGGGCAGCAGGAAAAGGCUAUGAGAAUGAGGAUAAUUACCCCAGCAUCCGCUUCCAGUUUAUUGGUAUUGAGAACAUUCAUGUCAUGCGGAGCAGCCUGCAGAAGUUGCUCGAAGUUUGUGAACUGAAGAGCCCAUCCAUGAGCAAUUUCCUGACUGUUCUUGAGAACUCUGGCUGGCUGCGGCAUAUUAAAGCGAUAAUGGAUGCUGGUGUGUUUCUAGCUAAGGCAGUUAAAGAUGAAAAUGCCAGUGUAUUGGUCCACUGUUCAGAUGGCUGGGAUCGCACAGCUCAAGUCUGCUCUCUGGCUGGUAUCCUUCUUGACCCGUUUUACCGAACUAUAAAGGGACUCAUGGUUCUUAUAGAAAAAGAAUGGAUAUCCCUUGGACAUAAAUUCUCUCAAAGAUGCGGUCACCUGGAUGUUGAUCCCAAAGAAGUAUCCCCAGUGUUUACCCAGUUCAUAGAGUGUUUGUGGCAUCUAAUGGAGCAGUUCCCUUGUGCCUUUGAAUUCAACGAGAAGUAUCUGCUGGAAAUUCAUGAUCAUAUUUUCUCCUGUCAGUUUGGAAACUUUAUUGGAAACUCACAGAAGGAACGGGAAGAGCUUAGAAUUUUUGAAACCACUCACUCUCUGUGGCCUUUUCUCUGGUGUCGAAGGAAGGAGUUUGUUAACCCUUUGUAUAUACCUAAAGCCUAUGAAACAUUGCAGCCAAACACACUGCCAUUCUGUUUCAAGUUCUGGUGUGGAAUGUACAACCGCUUUGACAAGGGAAUGCAUCCUAGGCAGUCUGUUUUAGACUACUUGCUUGAAUAUAUGAACAGAAAAGACUCAUUGGAGACGAGCAAAACCGCCAUGGAAAAUGCAAGUGAUUUUUAAUGUGCCGAUGAUGAAUUAUCUGUUAUAAUGCUCAGGGCCAGUCUUAGUACCUAAACAGAGCCC